GCGUCGCUCGCUCUGCCUCCUCACAGCCAUCUCCUGGUCGCCUUCCUCUCCUCACAGCCAUCUCCUGGUCGCCUUCCUCUCCUCACACCGCCCUCCUCCUCCUGUUUCUGCUCUUCGACCAUCGGAACGCGCUACCCAUGAUGGACAUAGAUUUCAACGACCCAAUCGCGACAUUCGACGCUCCCUCGCCCUUCGACAUGCUGGAGAGCGAUGAGGCACAGGACAACUGCUGCGAAGAAUCAAGAUCUGAGUGGCUCUCAAGAUUCUUCGGUGAAGAGCCCAAUCUUCCGCUGGAAACUCUCGAAGAAGCGAGCCGGCUGCCCGGCAUCUCCCGCUCCAACUCCGAGCCCCUUCCCUACUCAAGGCAGAGCUCAGAGACCCUCGACGUCCUGCCACCGGAGCAGCUCUGCUUCCUGGGGUUCACCGACAGCCAAUGUGAUUCAGAUGGCGGGUUCGACAUGUGCGAGACUUGGUUCCAAGAGGAGGGGCAGCCAAGGGAGAGCAAGCAGCAGCAGCAAGAGUUCUCGGAGAGCUCUGCGACCGUCCUGAUGAAGAAGACGCAACGCGGCCUCCACGUGGCUUCAAACCCUCAGAUCCAGCAGACAGCUCGCGACGGACAGGCUCACUGGGCAGAGAAAGUGAAGAUGAUGCGUCGCGAGCAUGCGCUGCUACGAGUGGCGGAGCUGAACAGAGCGUUUCCUCGGCAGAUCGCAGAGUGCUGCAGGCUGAACUUAAAAAGCCAGAAAGAAUCCCUCCUGCUUUGCUUGCAACGCGCCGUGAGAGAUAAGCUCAUUCAACCUGGCAAGUUCGUCAACCCUGCCGACAUGAAGAGAAGCUUUCUCGGCUGGACUCAGUUCACCAUUCGACCUGGUUGCGCCGAGAGCUUCAGGAUACAGAUAGAAGAGAUGUUUGAAGAGAAGGAGCCGAAAAGAAACACCAUCCACAGCCUCUUCCGUCGUGCUGGGUUGGUGCCCAAGGACUGGAAGCGAGCAUGGGAGGGCAAAGCUUCAUUCUACUUUCGUGCUAGAUGUAAGAGGAUAUGACAAGGUCAGCUUAGAAGAAAUCUUUUUGAUUCUUUAGUACAAGCACUAAGAUAAAGUCCCUUAUCGCU